AAGCUUUCAGUUACGUGUAAACAGUUCUCAGGUGCACACGCGUUAGUCAAAAGCUUCCAUAUAAGUACCUCACAGUGUUUACGAGUGUGGAGCGACCCUUAGAUCGAGCAGAAACUUGGUCUAGCAACGUAGCCUACAUGUAGUUUGCUAUUCAAAGGUCUUCGAAAAACUCGCAAAAAUGAGAAGGGAAAGGUUACAAAUAUUUCUUAAGGAGAAUCUCCUAACGCUACUCACCAUCAGCGGUGUCAUCAUUGGAAUCGUUCUUGGUAUCGGAUUGCGUGCAGUUCCAGCUGAAGGAGAGAAAUGGUCACCACGAGAUGUUUCGUAUAUCAGUUUCAUCGGGGAUCUUUUCUUGCGAAUGCUAAAAGCGUUAAUUUUACCGUUAAUUAUAACGUCACUGAUUUCUGCUGUUGGAUCUUUAGAUCUCUCGUUGUCAGGAAAGAUCGGUGGUAGGGCUGUGUUAUACUACAUUACGACAACCAUCAUGGCGGUUAUUCUGGGAAUCGUGUUAGUAGUUGUAGUUCAACCAGGGAAAGGAGCGGAUGCUUCUAGUGGAAAUAUAACGGCAGAAACCAGAAAUGUCACAACCACUGACACAUUAUUGGAUUUAGUUCGAAAUAUGUUCUCGCCGAAUUUGGUUCAAGCAUGUUUACAGCAAUACCAAACCGUCCUAACGCCUCCUAAGGACAACCCUAACGAGCCUGAUCUCAACCUGUGGUCUGUUAGUGGCAAGUAUACCGAUGGGAUGAACAUAAUAGGAUUAGUAGUGGCGGCAAUUGUAUUUGGUAUUGCCCUGAGUGCUCUAAAAGAAGAAGUACUUAUCGUACUCAAGUUUUUCCAACAAUUCUCUCAUGCGACUAUGAAAGUUACAGGAUGGGUUAUAUGGCUAUCACCAAUCGGUGUUCUUUUUUUAAUCACGGCAAAGCUACUGGAGAUGGAUGAUCUUGGAGUAGUGUUUGGCAAGCUAGGUCUCUACUUUGCCGUGACCGCUGGCGGUAUACUGUUUCAUGGAUUUGUGAUUCUACCAGCUUUAUUUUUCAUUUUCACUCGUCAAAAUCCUGUACGUUUUGUUGGCAACAUGAGUCAGGCGAUUGCGACAGCUUUUGGAACAUCAUCAAGCUCAGCAACGCUACCAGUCACUAUGCAGUGCCUGGAAGAGAAAAAUAAUAUUGAUCCUCGAGUGUCGCGAUUUGUACUACCCAUUGGCGCCACUAUCAAUAUGGACGGUACAGCACUGUAUGAGGCAGUCGCCGCUAUAUUCAUUGCGCAACUACGAGGUCUAUCCUUAUCUUUUGGUAACAUUGUCGCCAUCAGCAUAACAGCAACAGCGGCCAGUAUAGGAGCUGCAGGUAUUCCUCAAGCAGGCCUGGUGACACUCGUAAUGGUUUUGGAUACGGUAGGACUUCCGGCAGAGGACGUUUCACUUAUAAUCGCUGUUGAUUGGUUAUUGGAUCGAUUCAGAACGGUGGUCAACGUUCUCGGGGAUAGCUAUGGAGCAGCUAUUGUUGCGCACUAUAGUCAAAAAGAGCUGACUGCGAUUCCAACGAACGAAUCGAACGGGAAGGUUCAACGAAAUUCAAUGGGACAAUCUUCCGAGACAGUAUUGUUCGAAGAGAGACUGUAAUAUUAACAUGAUCAAAUACGAAAUCAACGAAUUUUACACAAAGAUAAACUUAUCUCAGACAACUCAUUGUUUUUAAAUGUAGUUCUCGAGAAAGGUUGUAAGAUCUGAAAAAAAAUAAUAGAGUGAGUGAAACUCAACGGAGAACA